UUGCGCUGCUGUGAAAGGGUCAUUUGACUCAAAAGGGUGGAGAACCGCUCAACUAGAGCCACCUGCCCAGCUGGCUUCAUUGUUUGCCAAAACGUUCUGGAGUUAAGCUCCUAUCUAGCAACAAACAGGCCAGGCUGGAAGAACCCUGUCAUGCACAACAUUCCUCAGGAGAUGGCUAUGGGCUGGAGCCCAAGGCCCCCAGAGAGGAACUUCCAACACCGCUGGUCCUUGAUAUCUGAAGACUCCGCCGAGGAUCCUGGGUCCCAGCUGGCAGGGUCCAGUCCCACAACCACCUUCAGAAAAAAGAGGCUUUCGACCAUCGAAGACCUGGAGAAUUCCAGUGAGCAGGCGGAGCCCCAUCCAGACCCUUUAGCUGCAGAGGAAGAACCACGCAUGUCAGCCUUGUUGAACAAGGAGCAGUGUCAGAAGACAGAGGCCCUGCAGGACAUGAGCUGGCCAAGGAACCCAAGGAUGCCUGGAAUUUCAGACAGCCCCUGGCAGAGAAGACGAGACCCAAAGAAGCAGGCAGCUGCAAUGCAACGCUUGCAGCAAUGGGAGGCCCAGAUGCUUCUGGAAAUUGAAGAGGCAGUUCAUCAUGAGCUUACCAUCCAAGAGGGGAUCCUUAGCACUGAGUUCCCUGACCAAACCCAGGGUCCACUUAGCUUUGGCACAGUCAGGCAUUGGCUGGCAGUGGCAGCCACAGGAGUGCCCACUCGUGUGACAGCUUUCAAGCAGGACUUGGAGACUGGGACCCUCAGGCAGACAGGAACAAAUAACUUCCUGAGCUCUAUGGGUGGAGUGAAGGCAGUCUUGCUCUCUGGGGCUGAUAAUCCUGUUUUCAAGCAGCUGGGACAUCAGGGCAGAGUCUAA